AUGGUGUACGAAUGGGAAGGGAAACGAGAUAUAUGUUAUCAAAUGUAUAUCGUCGAUAAGAAGGGCUUGGACGAGAUUAUGGAAUACAUGAGAAACACAUACCAAUUCGCUCCUAGUAAACGUGCCUUCCAAACACAGUUCAAACGCUGGGGCUUUCCCUCGAAACAAAACCCCGCUCACAAAAACACGCAACUCGUCGCUCGCAUCAAACAACUAUGGGAACGAAAUGUCUGCCAGCGGGAUAUGCUGAAAAUACUGAAUGACGAGGGCUAUGACAUCAAAGAAAGAGAGCUCAUGCGUGUUCGCGCAAAAAACCGAUGGCUUCUACGAGUUCCAAACGGCAUGAAAUCGCAGACAACAAUAAUCCAAUCGCCAACCGAAACGUCCGUGGAAGAAGGCGUGCUUUCGUUACAGCAUGAAAUGUACAACGGUCAUAACGGCUUCCCUGGUAGUGACAACCAACCGUUAACUGAGCAAACGCCUGUUUUGACAUCAUACUCGCCAAACUUGUCGCCGGAAGUGGUAGCCAAAAGGAACGAACGUCUCGAACGAUUGAAAGCAGAGAGCGCUGAGCGCUAUGCGACUAAAAAGCGACGUCGUCGAACUCGGGGCUGGGCAGGAUUGCCAGCCGAUCCACCAGGACCACCGCGUUUUCCUUCGGAGACCACCCUCGACGAGAGCAAACAGUACCUCAAUUUAGAUUCUGCGAUGUAUCGUCAAAUACGCGAUGAGUUUCAGAGAAUAUGUCAGGAAGCAGGCUUCCUAAAGAAAACCAUUGCAGGUCCUGAGCGAUGGCAGGAAGCAAAGAAUAGGCUGAUCCGCGAAUCGCCGCACUUAAGAAGCGUCUUUUACGUAGAUCCAAGCAUGCCGGACGACACCCAGCUAGAAGCGAAGAAUCUCGCACUAGAUGUUGUUUGUACCGAUGUUACCAAACGCAUGAGGACGUUGGAAACUCGAAUGACAAUUGCAGAAGCGAAAAACGCACUAGGAAUUAAUCCGGAAGAGAGUCGACAGAUCCGACACGCGUUUUAUAGUACUUUAAAAGCCGACCAUUUUACAAGCAAGCUAGAAGCAGGAGACGAACAUUGGAACGAACUCAAGCAGCGAUGGAUUCAAGGGUCAGAACUACUGCAACAGAUUUUAGCGCCAGGUCUGUCUGAUCCUAAUCACAACACCAAGGUCAAAGCCAUUGAAGUGCUGUGUCGCGAUGUCAUGAAACGCCUUCGAGAUGACCAGGCCAAACAAGAUCCAUUAAAGAAACGAGCUUCUAGCGCAAAGCAAAUGAAAGCGCGAAACCAGAGCAGUAUAGAAAACGCUACCUCCAAUGCAUACAAUCAUGGAAUCAGCAAUCUAGCCUCCGAAGCUCUUGCGAGUGCAUCAAUGGCGUCAAAUGACCUUGGUGAAAUGCAAAUAGACCCAUCCUUACUCCAAGCGGCAAACGACACAUCACUUGUUCGAGCGCUCCAACAGGACAGCGAUCCAGCCUUCAACUAUGUCGACACCCUACUCCAGAACCCAUCGAUACCAGUUUAUUUCCGAAUCAGUCCGCAAAGCCAAAAUCACACGGCAUCUAGAACGUGGAUCGGAAAGUUGAAUUCAUCGUCCCUAGCGGAGCUUCAUAAUCUAGUCCAAACAAAGUACCCCGAUUCCGUUGUGACGAGGGUCGAGGGCGUCGAGAAGGAUGAAAGAGGAGGCGAUGCCCUGCUUUUGAUCGAAGAGGAUGACGAGUUGGAUGCAUAUCUAAGCCACAUGCACGGCAAAAAGGCAUCUUUCUUGAUUUGUUUGAGUCCAAAGGUAUGA